AUGGCCAAUCUUCGCUCACGCAAUAAGCACUCCCGUUCCAUCGCUUCCGAAGUCCCAUGGUGCAACGACAAUCCCUUUGGACCACCCCAGGUCUCUCGCUCAUUUCCCAACGGUGGGAUUCGACGGCUGCGCAAUACUCUCUCCAAGCUGUCACCCUCUGCCUUUGCCGAGAAAGAGCUUCUCCGCAAAAAGAAUCAAUAUAAAAUUCCCCUCACGCAUCGGAAUGUGGAUAAUUUCGUGACGGAACAAGAAUGCAAUGAGGCCUGCCGACCCAAUCAGCGAACUCCAGAAAUCCAGGUCGUCGAAUGGCUGCAACAUGUUGCUUGA